AUGAGGGACCUCCAACAGCUCCAUGCCCACUUGCUCAAGACCGGCCAAGCCCAAUCCACCUACCCAGCCAGCAAGCUCAUCCAAUUCUGUGCUCUCUCCCCCAGUGGCUCCAUGGCGUAUGCCCAGCGCCUCCUCCCUGCCAUCGAAAGCCCGGACACCUUCACUUUCAACACCAUGAUUCGAGGCUACACUAAAACUGGGGCCCCUAAACAAGCUCUCCUCUUCUUUGUCUACAUGAUCGAGAUCGCCCACCCACCUAACACACACACAUUUCCGUUUGUUUUAAAGGCUUGCGCCCACGUCGAGGAACUGAAACUCGGCCAAUCUCUACAUGCGCAUGUUGUAAAAUUAGGGUUUUUAGCUGAUAUGCACAUACAAACCGCUUUGGUGAGCCUCUACUCGGUUUGCAGCGACCUAGAAGCCGCUCAGAGAGUGUUUGAUAGAAUAACUCACCGAACUGUUGCCUCUUGGAAUAGCAUGAUUUCCGGAUAUGUUAAGGGGAACCUACCUAAAAGGGCAUUCGAGGCAUGUGAUGAGAUGUUGCAAGUGGCCGCUGAGCCUGAUGAGGUCACUGUGGCUAGCCUCCUUUGUGCUUGUGCCGACACAGGCGCACUUGGCCUCGGCCGGUGGCUCCAUGAUUACAUAGCAAAGAAGGGGAUAAAGCUCGAUGCCAUCGUGGGCACGGCCCUCAUUGACAUGUACGCCAAGUGCGGUAGUAUAGAGCGCGCAGAAGAGGUCUUCGGUAUAAUGCAUGAGAAGAAUGUUUUAACCUGGACUGCCAUGAUGUGGGGUCUCGCAAUGUGUGACCGUGGUGAAUCAUCUUUGGGAUUCUUUUAUCAAAUGUUGGAGACAACUGACAUAAAACCUGAUGCGGUCACCUUCGUUACCGUGCUCUCUGCAUGUAGUCAUACAGGAUUAGUUGAUGAGGGCCGCAGGCUCUUCGCCUGUAUGACUCGAGACUUUGGGAUUGAACCAAGGGUUGAGCACUUUGGAUGCAUGGUCGACCUCUUCAGUCGAGCUGGGUUGGUUGAUGAGGCCUUGAAAUUGAUGGAAAGCAUGCCACUUGAGCCUGAUGCUGCUCUACUCGGUUCUAUACUGAGUGCGUGUAGUAGGAGUCCAGGGCAUGUUGAGCUUGCAGAGAGUGUAGCAAGUCCUCUUCUCGCACUAGAGCCUGAUAAUGAGGCGACCUAUGUGCUUCUCUCUAACAUCUAUGCCUCUGAGAAUCGAUGGGAUGAUGUUGUGAGGGUUAGGAAACGGAUGAAAGCGAGAGGAAUGACAAAGACACCUGGUUCUAGCCUCAUUGAGGUGGGCGGCCAAGUUUACGAAUUCAUUGCGGGAGAUAAACGCCAUCCUCUUUCCAAUGACAUACACAAAAUGGUCGAGGAGAUCGAAAGAAAGGUAAAGGAGAUGGGCUAUGUGAUGGAUAUCUCUGAGGUUUUUCUAGAUUUGGAUGGGGACAUGAAGAAGGAAGUGUUGUUGCAUCACAGUGAGAAGUUGGCUGUUGCUUUUGGGCUCAUCAGCAUGAAUUCUUCUGAACCUAUUCGAAUCUCAAAGAACCUUCGGAUAUGUGGUGACUGCCACUCGAUGCUGAAGAUGGUGUCGAUGGUGUAUAGUCGGGAGUUAAUCGUGCGCGACAGGAGCCGAUUCCAUCGGUUUCGAGAGGGUUCUUGUAGCUGUGGAGAUUUUUGGUAG